CCUCGCUCAGAUCAGCCUUUACUAGUCACACAGCGGGGACAUUUACAUUGUUACAGCAGCAACAUACAUAAAUGUAGAGACAGAAAAAAAAAGAAAUAUACACAAGUACAGUUGAUAUUGUCCAGACUCUUCCAUGUGCAGAAACACCAGACUGCACUUCCUGUAAUUGUUUAACAUGUUUGACAACCAUAACUCCAGAAUGCAUUGAAGGAAAACAGCACACACCCAGACUGAGUCAUCCUCAAGCUGUUGAUGGUAAUUGACCUGCAGGUGGCGCCACAGCGACACGAUAAAUGCAAAGACUGAGUGUGUUCGUGUUGUCUGUGUUUAAAUGUAACCAUGUGAAAUUUUAUGCAUUUUCAGCCUUUUGAGGAACCCUGAUGGUGUUUAGAUUUAGUUUUUAGAAGACCAUUUGGACGUUUAAUUUGCCCAUUUUUCUCCUCAGGAACUCACGUGACGUCACCUCCGUCGAGUUCAAACACCUCCAUCCACCAGAAACCCACCGACUUGCCCCCAACAGCCUCGAAACCUACGGGACUGGCUGGUGUGUUUGAUUCCUCUCCUGUUUCUGUUUGAUAUUUAAAUUCUGAUAUAAGCUGCUAACGUGUGCAUCAUCUGUUCCUACUAGUUCCUGCAUCACCUCCAUCACAGCAGCCUUCACGUACAAAUACCGUCUGCACCCUUGUUGCUGUCAUCGCGGUCCUGUGUGUGCUGCUGUUUCUGGUGUGUUUCCUGGCUUUGCUGCGCAGAAGGAAACGCAGCAACGAAACCGUGACGCCCGGACGUCUGACGGAAGAGAAGAAGAAGAAGAAAGAGCCGGAAGAAGACGGCAGUCAGAGCAGAGACCCGGAAGUGGCUCGAAGGACGUCCUUUACCGGAGUCAGAGCAAAGUCGGCAAAUGCUGUCAUCCUCUCGUCUCCCUUUUGUGCAUCUGGUCAAGAUCGAGCGACUUUACAAAGCGAGAAAGAGGCUCAGUCAGAAAUCCCAGGUGAGAGGAAGCAGGAAGUGGUGAAUGAACCUGUAGCAGAGGCAGGAAUUCAGACAGAAAACCUCACAGACGUCAUCGAGGGCCGUGAGAAAAAAGCAAACGUUGGCGGGAAUAUGGAAGAUAGUCGUGUCUCCGUCAACGCUGACGUGGUUCCUUAUCUGAGCAUCGGCACCAACCGGAACAAACCUGAUGAAGAGUCCGCUGAAGGUAAAGGUCAGAGGUCACAGACGGGACGAGUCAUCGGGAGGAUCUCCACGUGGCCUCCGACUGCAGCUCAGUGGCAGGAAAGAUGCAAAAUGAAAGAAGAAGAGGAGAGAGAGGAGGGUGGUGGCGUCACUUUUGGGGCACAAAAUGUAACCGAGAAGUUCUUAGAUGACGUGAAGAACAUGAAGAUGGAGCGGGCUGGAAAUGACAGCAUAGCUUCUUCCAACGAGAACCACACCCACACUGACUCACAUCAAGAGGAGCAGCUGAAGAAGGAAACUGGGCUCCGGGUUGCUGCAGCUGCGAGACGGACGACUAAUAAAACCCAGAGUCACGUCCAAGCUGCAGAAAAUCCAGCAGACAAGAGCAGCAGCAGCAGAAAGGAACCGAGUCGAGCUGCGACCGGCAGACGGAGGCCUGACAAAGGAGCCGCCGCCGCCGCCGCCGGGUCGAAGGCUCCCUCUGGUGGAGCUUCACCCGACGACGAGACGCUGCUGUCGGGCAACGAGUACGCCUUCAUGGACCUGCUCCACGAGGUUUCCCAGAACCACGGCCGCUGGACCAGAGAGAGGUGGAGGCAGAUGCAGGCCAACAAGCAGCGGCGCUAGAACACGAGUUUUGUAGAGAACGUGAAGUUUACACACAUGAUGUGACACAGUUUUAUUCUGUUCACCUUUAUGUUGAAGCAGAAGUUCUCGCUUCAUUCAUUGUUUAGCCCAGACGAUCGAUACCACUUUUACAGCGUGUCUGGCUGUUUAACUUGUGAUUUUUCUUUAUGGGACUCUCACAAUGUUUAGCGACUCACAAGAGACUGAUUAAAAUAAACUGUCACAAUAAAAGCACCAACGGAAGAGAAAUCCAGACUUAAAAGAUUUCUGGGUACUUUGUGUGCUCACAGUUCAUUCAAAUCUUAAGUCUUUGUCUGUUUAAUAGCCUAAAAUGAGAAGACAGUAUUGCUUUCAUGUUUCUGUCCUGUUAGGAAAUUAACUGAAUUGAAUUUUAAUAUUACAAGAUCUCUAAUAAUCACAUGGUUUUUGGUGAAAUCCUUUUCUUCACCUCAUCUAGAUCUCUCAUUUAACUUUCAAACUGAACCUGUUUUCACCUUCAAAAUCUUUUUCUUCAUUUAUUUUUCCCAUAAUUUGCCUCUAAAAGUGUAUUUCAUGACAUCUAGUUCUAAUUAUGUGUCUGUUGCCAGAAUAUUUCACAACGAACCGUUAGGUUUUAAUAAAAUAGGCGCUGGAAUGAUUCA